GAUGUUUGAAGCUAACAACUGAGCUGUCUGCCAAGUGUGUAGCAGUAACCCAUGGGAAGGUUUGUACGUUGACAACUGACACUGAUAGAUUCCAAGGAAGUUGGAAAUUCUUAACUCUGAUCACACGACUCUUGCGCCGAAGUUUCCCCCUGAGCAGCUCAUUGAAUUGACCAGAUAGCAACAGAAAAAACCCAUGCACUAUUCGAUGGAGUUAUGUCCAGAUUUGUUUUGCUUAAAGUUUGUCUGGAAAGUUCAAAACUGUCACUAGGAGUCAGUCAUUAAUUUGUACCUAGCCAACUUUAGUCACUCAAUCAAUCACCUGAUUAAUGUUUUAGUCUUCAAAUCAAAACUGUAAAAGAAAAAUCUAGACAUUCAAAAUUGUACAAAUCUUUUUUCCGUGCAUACCAAGAAUUCCCAAAAAUCAAAUUCGUGGAAAUUUCAAUUCAAAAAAGUGACACAGUAUGAAGUUCAAUUAUUCAAUUAUAAAUACCUAACCAACAGAGGUAAACCACACAAUUUCGAAGAGAUUAGAUAUGGAAAAAGCGGUGAUGCAUGAGGAGGUAGUGAUAGCAGGAGGGGGGGUUGCAGGAUUAGCAACAGCCUUAGCGUUAAAGAGAGUUGGAGUGAAGAGUUUAGUGUUAGAAAGAGCAAGUGAACUGAGAGUUACUGGUGCUGCCUUAACUCUGUUUCCAAAUGCUUGGAUUGCUCUUGAAUCACUUGGUGUUGCUCAUAAACUUACCUCAGUUUAUAAACCUUUCAAAGGGGGAAGAGUGACUGAUGUUGCAACUGGAGUUACCCAAGAGACUGUCUUGACAGAAAAUGAAGGGUAUGAUCUAGGUCCGGUCCACAGAAGAGCCUUACUUGAAGCUUUAUUAGAAGAAUUACCAAUUGAUACGAUCCGUUUUUCUUGGAAGCUCCGGUCAAUUGAAAAAACAAAGACAUGUUAUGAAGCAGAUUCAACUGCAGUAAUCCUACAUUUAGUAGAUGGGACUACUAUCCAUACUGAGGUUCUGAUAGGCUGUGAUGGGGUGCAUUCUGUGGUGUCAAAAUGGUUAGGCCUUAAGGAUGUGGUGAACUCAGGUCGAUAUGCAGUGCGUGGAGUGGCAGUGUUUCCUGAAGGUCAUGGAAUCACACAUGAAAUGCAUCAGUUUGUUGAUAAAGGUUGGAGGUUUGGUUCCGCUCCCCUCACUGAUACAGAUGUUUACUGGGGCAUUGGAUACCAAACCACCGCUAACAAAGAAGAAGAGAUGGCGAAAGGAGACCCACAGGUGAUACAAGAGAAAAUCUUAGAGCGCGUAGCUGAUCUCCCGCAACAAGCAAAAAAUGUGAUACAACAUUCGGAUGUGCCGUCUUUAUCAUGGGCACCACUAGUAUUUAGAUACCCGUGGGAUCUAAUAUUCGGAAAGGUAUCCGAUGGUACAAUAACUGUUGCAGGUGAUGCAAUGCACCCAAUGACACCAGAUCUCGGUCAAGGUGGUUGUACAGCAUUAGAAGAUGCUGUAGUUUUAGGACGUCAUAUAGGAAAUUCCUAUAUCAGAAAGGGAGGAGUUAUGUCCCAAAAAGACUUGGAAAAAGAAAUCAAAUUGUAGCUCAUAAACUUGCUCCAAUUUAUCCCCCUAUCAAAAAGUAAAACUCACAGGUUCUUCUAUCUUGUCUUAAUUUAAAUUUAUGUUCUUCUUUUUGGCA